ACAGGCCUCCGCACUCGGAUCGCGCCCCACCAGCUCACGGUGACUUCCCCGGGACCAUGCUGCGCUGGCUGCGGGCCUUUGUGCUGCCCACCGCCGCCUGCCACGACGCGGAGCCGCCCACACGCUACGAAACGCUCUUCCGGGCGCUGGACCGCAAUGGGGACGGCGUGGUGGACAUCGGAGAGCUGCAGCAGGGGCUGCAAAGCCUGGGCAUCCCGCUGGGCCAGGACGCGGAGGAGAAAAUUUUCACCACUGGCGAUGUCAACAAAGAUGGGAAGCUGGAUUUUGAAGAAUUUAUGAAAUACCUGAAAGACCAUGAGAAGAAAAUGAAAUUAGCAUUUAAAAGUUUGGACAAGAAUAAUGACGGGAAAAUCGAGCCUUCUGAAAUUGUCCAGUCUCUCCAGAUGCUCGGUUUACAUAUUUCUGAAAAGCAAGCAGAGCUGAUUCUUCAAAGCAUCGACUCUGAUGGGACGAUGACCGUGGACUGGAAUGAAUGGAGGGAUUACUUUUUAUUUAACCCUGUGACAGACAUUGAGGAAAUUAUCCGUUUCUGGAAACACUCUACUGGAAUUGACAUAGGGGAUAGUUUAACUAUUCCAGAUGAAUUCACAGAAGAUGAGAAAAAAUCAGGACAGUGGUGGAGGCAGCUCCUGGCAGGAGGUGUGGCGGGCGCCGUCUCUAGAACGAGCACCGCUCCUUUGGAUCGCCUCAAGGUCAUGAUGCAGGUUCAUGGUUCCAAAUCAAUGAAUAUAUUUGGAGGCUUUCGGCAGAUGGUAAAGGAAGGAGGAAUCCGUUCCCUUUGGAGAGGAAAUGGCACCAAUGUCAUCAAAAUAGCUCCCGAGACAGCUGUGAAGUUCUGGGCUUAUGAACAGUACAAGAAGUUGCUUACCGAGGAAGGACAAAAAUUAGGGACCUUUGAGAGGUUUAUCUCUGGUUCCAUGGCUGGAGCAACUGCUCAGACUUUUAUUUACCCCAUGGAGGUUUUGAAAACCCGGCUAGCUGUAGCCAAAACUGGACAAUACUCCGGAAUAUACGGUUGUGCCAAGAAGAUUUUGAAACACGAAGGCUUUGGGGCUUUUUACAAAGGCUACAUUCCCAAUUUACUAGGCAUCAUUCCUUACGCAGGCAUUGAUCUCGCUGUGUACGAGCUUUUGAAGUCUUAUUGGCUGGAUAACUUUGCCAAAGACUCGGUCAACCCUGGCGUGAUGGUGCUGCUGAGCUGUGGAGCCCUAUCCAGCACCUGUGGGCAGCUGGCCAGCUACCCCCUGGCUUUGGUGAGAACUCGCAUGCAGGCUCAAGCCACGGUAGAAGGAGCCCCGCAGCUGAGCAUGGUUGGCCUUUUUCAGCGAAUCGUCUCCAAAGAAGGAGUGUCAGGACUUUACAGAGGCAUCACCCCAAACUUCAUGAAAGUGCUCCCGGCCGUGGGCAUCAGCUAUGUGGUGUAUGAAAAUAUGAAGCAGACCCUGGGAGUAGCUCAGAAGUGACCAGUCCAAGCCUUUGCUUUUCUGUGGUGACCGAGACUGUCAGUGCUCUCCAGUGACUUCUGGGGUUGCAUCAAGUCUAUCACAAAGGAAGCUGUUUGCCUCGCCAAAGGGAAGAGUGUAGCCGUGAUCACUACAAGCCUUUGGGUUCAGUUUUAUACCUUCAGCGAUGCUCUGAAUCGUAGUUCCAGUAAGUGAAGAAACCACAAAAUUGUACUGUAUUUUUGCUGAUAGAGAUCUCUGCCCUGCACCCUAAAUCUGAAAAUGUACUGGCUUGAGAUGAAAUCAUUUUGUGUGGUAGGAUUAUAAAUCACUAACCUUUGUUCUGAUUGGUUCAAGCUCAUGUCAAUUUUUCUUUUUCACCCAAACUUUAAAAAAAUCAAAAAUGAUCAGAAAGCCUCAGGACUUAAAUUGUUUAAUAUAUUUUAGAUGUCUUUGUAGAUGUAAAAGUUCCCAACAGAGACAUUAGUAGAAAAAUCACUAUAUUCAAAGUCUACUUUGCACAGUUUAUCUCCUCAUCUGUAAGCAGAAUAGGAAUGAAUUAUAGAAGGCACAUUCAGCGGACAGGAGCCGUGAGGUAAUGCUUAUUUCAGUGGGCAUGCUUCUUUCUACUUGCCCUGCUGUUUGGCCCUAGUUUUAGACCUUGAUUGACAUUGUUGUUACAUUAUUGACAGGGGACAGGUCAUUUGGAAGAUCAUAUUUAUUCGGUCAUCACUUUGAAAAGCAUCAAUGAACAAAACUGUGACUUGUACCAUUUCCCAGUGAGCAUCUUGGUUUUGUUCAUUUUUUUUACUCAUUUAAUCAAAUUCUCUUAAUCAGGAAGGCUCCUUGGGACCUUCACAGUAAUCUGAAACUGCCCUUCUCCUACUUGAGUGUCAAGUUCAGGUAAAUAAACCCUUGUUUCCCUCUUACUGUUGAGGUCUUUGAACCUGUGCUUCUCAAAUGGAGCGGCACAAAGCUAAGGCACCAGCACACUUCAAUAGUAGUAUAUAUUCAUCUACCUGUUUUAAUGAAAGGCUCAAUCUGCAUAAUAUUCAUCUACAUAUUCACUUGCCUCAAGAUUUAGGAAGAUGACAGAAAAUUUGUAAUAUCAAGAGCAUUUCCUUUUUUUAAACUAAAGCUGAUUUUGUAGUCUUUUAUGAUUUAUUUUAAAACUUAGAAAAAUAUUAUUUUUUCUAUAAGAAGAUGUUUGAUAGUCUUAGCCUGGCAAUAUUGGCACAUGCCUUUAGUUCUAGCACUCAGGAGGCAGAGGUGGGCAUAUCUCUGAGUUUGAGGCCAGCCUGGUCUACAGAGAGAGUUCCAGGGCAGCUAGGGGCACACAGAGAAACCCUGUCUCCAAAACAAAACAACCCCAACCAAACAAAAAAGAUAGUUUUAAUGUUUUAAGAUUUAGUCCAUAUACUCAUUUGGUUUCUGGUAAUUUCUAUAUAGUUGCUUUCUGAAAAGUCUAGUGAAAAUCUUUACCUUUAAACCUACCUACCUCUUUUUUUUUUUGAACCAAAGAGAAAGAUGGCCUGUGUUUAUGAAACUUAUUCUAAAACACAGCUUGGUUUGUACUACGGAUGCCUGCAUUGUCUUGGUAUUUUUGUACUAUAUAAAGAAAGGAGGGGACUCUGCUUCAUCUUCGGGGUUAUUGUAUUUUGGAGUAAUACCUAGAAUGACAAUAUUAAGGUACAUGAUUCACACCUUUUUUAAAAUGUGUAACAAUUAUGGAAAUGCAUAUUACUGUUAAUGUCUUUGGAAUUUUAAGUUGAUAAAAACUAUGAAAAUGGCCAUACUUCAUUAUGAAAUUGAAUCGUCUCCCAGUGAACAUGUGUAAGGUAUGACUGAUUUAUCUGUACAUCUUGUAUCUUUUUUGGGGAAAAAACCCUCCUAUUGAACACAGCUUAUUCUGAUAUUGCU